CUAACACUUGCCGUGACCUACAAUUCCCAAGUCGACCGAAAUUCACGUCCAUGGCUUCUCCUUCUCAACAGCUUCCUCCUGGUUGGACAGCGGAAUGGGACCCCGCUAGCCAGAGAUAUCUUUUCAUACAGCCAUCGACUGGACGCAGCCAAUGGGAAAUACCGACUGCUGCACCAGCCCAAAUGAUAGACCAUGCACCGUCGGUGUCGCCUCCCCCAUCCGCGACUCAUCACGGUAAGCGUCGCCAAUACGCAGCAGGGCAGACGCAAGUGUACUACGGCGCGGGCGAUGCCCUUGGAGACCAGUAUGGCGGACUUAAUGUACAACAGCAGCAGCCUGCACCCACUGCCCAGCUCUUCACUCCAGGACUCGCGGCAGAGGGGGGUUUCGCAGGUCAGCAGCAAGUUCCGCAGGCGUCAUACUAUGCACCCCAACAGGAGCCCCAGUACAUCAAUGCUCCUGGGUUUGGUCAGGAACCAACAUAUCAUCCACCCAAUGCGCCAAUCCACCAUCUCACGGACCAGUUCGGGCAGAUGGGGAUGGGGCCGAAGCCCCUACAUCUCACGACCACCAAUCUACUUACGUCGCCACCGGACCCUCGUGAGCUGGUUCGUCCUCCUCCCGAGAUUAGGCUGCCUGCGAACGCGUGCAUCACGCCAUCGCCGUACGCAAAUGCAGAUCCGUCAUACCAGCGGUGCACCAUGAAUGCCAUCCCCACCACAUCAUCGAUGCUGAACAAGUCCAAGAUUCCUUUGGGUUUGGUGAUCACCCCCUAUCGAACGGUGAAGGAGGGUGAGCCGCCAGUGCCUGUUGUGACCGACACGGUCAUUGCGCGAUGCAGACGGUGCAGGACGUACAUAAAUCCUUAUGUUCAAUUCAUUGACAACGGCAAUCGUUGGCGCUGUUGCAUGUGCAGCAUGUCGAACGAGGUUCCUCAGCUCUUUGAUUGGGACCAGAUACGGAAUCAGCCUGGAGACCGAUGGGCUAGAGACGAGCUGAACCACUCCGUUGUCGAAUUCGUUGCGCCCACAGAGUAUAUGGUCCGCCCACCACAGCCUGCUGUGUAUGUGAUUCUUAUCGAUGUGAGCCAUACCGCCGUGCAGUCGGGUAUGGUGGCAACGGCGACACGCACUAUCCUUGAGAACCUUGAUCGCAUACCCAAUGAGGACGAGCGCACCAAAGUCGCCAUUAUCGCCUAUGAUAUUUCUCUUUAUUUCUUCUCUAUGCCUCCUGGGACGACAGAAUCGACCAUGCUCGUUGUUUCAGAUGUUGAUGACGUCUUUUUGCCGAAACCUACUGACCUCCUCAUAAACUUGACGGAAGCGCGCCAGUCGCUGGAGUUGCUGCUUGGCAGGAUCAAUGACAUGUUCCAGGAUAAUCACACUGUUGGAAGUGCAAUGGGCCCAGCAUUGCAAGCUGGCUUUAAGUUGAUGGCUCCUAUCGGUGGCAAGAUCAUGGUACUCUCGUCCUCUUUGCCAAAUAUUGGCGCUGGUUCACUCAAGAACCGUGAAGAUCUCAAAAUUUUGGGCACUUCAAAAGAAUCAGGCCUGCUGCAAGCUGCUUCGCCCUUCUACAAGACAUUCGCCAUCGAGUGCUCGCGUGCCCAGGUGUCGGUGGACAUGUUCUUAUUCAGUGCUGCAUACCAGGAUGUUGCCAGUCUCGCAUGCCUCCCACACUACACUUCUGGUCAAACCUACUUCUACCCUGCGUUCAAUGCUGCUCGGUCUGAGGAUGCCAUCAAAUUCGCGCACGAGUUCGGCGAAGUCCUCGCGAUGCCCAUCAUGUUAGAAGCCGUCAUGCGCGUCCGUGCUUCGAAGGGUUUGCGCAUGGCUUCGUUCCACGGAAACUUCUUCGUCCGCUCCACUGACCUCCUGGCCAUGCCCGCCGUGCCCACCGAUCAAUCUUACGCCAUUGAGAUCCAGAUCGAGGACACCCUUACGCAACCGUUUGUAGUUAUGCAAACCGCAGUUUUACAUACGACGUGUCAUGGGGAGCGGCGUAUCCGGGUUAUCACACUUGCAUUACCAACAACCAGCAGCCUCACGGAGGUUUUCGCAUCUGCUGACCAGGUGGCGAUCGCGACCCUGCUGGCGAACAAAGCCGUCGAGCGCUCGCUUACCCACAAGCUAGAGGAUGCCCGUGACGCAGUGCACCAGCGGCUGGUAGAUAUUUUGUCCAGUUACAAGAGCAGUAUGACAUCCGCAGGUGCGGGUGCGAAUGCGCAACUAGCGAUCUCGGAGAACCUGAGGAUGCUGCCUGUGUUGGUUCUCGGGCUACUGAAGAAUGUUGGUAUUCGUCAAAGCGCGCAAAUUCCUCCCGAUCUCAGGGCCUAUGCCCAGGCUCUGUUGACCACAUUACCGUCUCAAACCCUCAUUCCGUACAUUCAUCCCACGUUCUUUUCGCUGCACAACAUGCCACCUGAAGCUGGAACGGUGGGCGAGCAAGGUGUGAUUUUGCCGACCCCUUUGCCGCUCACUUCGGAACGGCUGGAGAGACAUGGUUUGUACUUGAUUGAGGAUGGUCAGACGAUAUUCUUGUGGAUAGGCCGUGAUGCUGUCCCACAACUCGUAAUGGAUGUCUUCAACCUUCCGAAUUACGAAGUGCUACGUGGCGGCAAGACGACACUUCCCGUUCUUGACAACGACUUCUCACAGCGGGUCAAUGCCAUCAUUCAGAAAACUCGCGAGAUGCGCAGAGGCGUUUACUAUCCCCAUCUUUAUCUCGUCAAGGAGGAUGGCGAGCCACCUUUGCGCCUUUGGGCCCUCAGCUGCCUCAUACAAGAUCGUGCCGAUGUUUUACCGAGCUAUCAACAGUUCAUUGGACAACUCAAGGACAAGGUUAACGGAGCCAAUAAUUACUAAGCCAUCCUGCGCACAAGCUGUCAGACCAAAUUCGGGCGAAGCGGAAGUCUGGACUGAUAUUACGCGCUUUCUCCUACUUUACUAUACGGCGUUGUAGACGAUGUCAUGUGCAGACUGAGAUAAAGAGCCUUUUUGCUUCCCUUU